AUGCCCCUGCUGCCCAGCGCCAUGCGCCUGGCAGGCCUGCUCUUCUGGGCAGGCCAGACAGUGAAUGCCUUGAAGAUGCCCAAUGCUACCCUGCCCCUGGCCCGGCCCGAGAGCACAGCCUUGCGGACCCUGAGUGGCCUAGGAGUGCCCCGAUACCGCCGGAAGCGCCACAUCUCUGCCCGGGACAUGAGUGCCUUACUGGAUUAUCACAACCACAUCCGGGCCAGCGUGCACCCACCUGCUGCCAACAUGGAGUACAUGGUCUGGGACGAGCGGCUGGCCCGGUCUGCUGAGGCCUGGGCCACCCAGUGCAUCUGGGCCCACGGGCCCUCACAGCUGAUGAGAUACGUGGGCCAGAACCUCUCCAUCCACUCUGGCCGAUGCAGUCACCCUGAGCCCAGCCCAGGGGCCAUGCAGCCCCGAGGAACCUGGGCCCCUUGUAUCCUCAUAGCUUCCUCUGUCUUUGUCCGUACUCAGAUGGUGUGGGCAUCCUCCAGUCGGCUGGGCUGCGCCAUCCACACCUGUAGCAGCAUCAACGUCUGGGGCAGCACCUGGCAUCAGGCAGUGUACCUGGUCUGCAACUAUGCCAUCAAGGGCAACUGGAUCGGAGAGGCCCCAUACAAGAUGGGGAGGCCGUGUUCUGCCUGUCCCGCCAGCUACCAAGGCAUCUGCAGUAGCAACAUGUGCUUCUCUGGGCCGAAAUCCAACAGGUUCCUGUGGUUCUGAAAUUUCCCUGGGCUCUGGUGUGCCUCCGACUGGGCCCAUCCUCUAAGAUCCCUCCCCAGAGACUGGGUGGAGAAACAAUUUUUUAAAAAAGGGUAUGCACUGGGAUCACCCCACUGAAUUUUCCCUCCCGGAUUCCCUCUCCUAGAUGUCUAGCAUGUGUCAGAAGAAAAUGACCUCCUUGCCUUCCUUCUUUCCGUCGUUACAUCUUUCUUUUCUCUGGCCUGGGAAAGAGACCUGCAUCUUUCGUUAACUCAAUUCUCAGAGAGCCGGGGCUGGAAGGCGCAGUGAUGGAAGCUUGGUUUUGUGACUCCCAGCAAACCCAAAAGACUUUGUCCACACAAUGAAAGGCAUUUAUGAUGUCAUAUUUACCCUGAAACCCACCUUCAUUCAUCCAAUAACAGCCAACAAGCUUCUGGGCAGCCUUGGAGGACUCGUAGUUCCCUCCCUGAGCGGUGCACGUUUCAGAGCCAGGCUUUUAAAAAACA